AGGAAUGAGGGAGUGAAUGUUCCGGGUCAGAAACUGGACGGAGAGGAAAUUAACUCCGGGAAGAAGAGACGGGAAAAAGCAGCAGAAUGCCUCCCUCCAACCACACUGAAGAUGUAGCCCGUGAUUCCUAACGCUAAAGAGGCUUAAUAAAAACCACCAGAGGGGCGUCAGCGUGAGACCAGACAGGUGUCGACAAAGUGAGACCUCGACGGAGAGUUUUAUUCCCAUGUCCGUCGCUGUGACUGCGAGCUCGACGAAGCGGAAGUUUUUUCGGCUGUUUACCUGCGUGUGAAAUCGUGCAAAAGGAGCAGCAAUCUGUUGCAUCCCCCCUUCCUGCACGCUUGUUUGUUCAUUGCACGGGUAGAGGUUUAUUUCUCCCCCCCGUGAUGUUUCACUGCAUCCCCCUGUGGCGGUGCAACCGUCACGUCGAGGUGAUCGAUAAGCGCCACUGCUCCCUGCUCUAUGUGCCCGAUGAGAUUUAUCGCUACGCCCGGAGUUUGGAGGAGCUGCUGCUGGAUGCCAACCAACUCCGGGACUUGCCCAAGCAAUUUUUCCAGCUGGUAAAACUUCGAAAACUUGGCCUGAGUGAUAAUGAGAUCCAAAAGCUGCCAGCGGAAAUUGCCAACUUCAUGCAGCUGGUGGAACUGGAUGUCUCUCGAAAUGAUAUUAUGGAAGUUCCAGAGAGCAUUUCGUAUUGCAAAGCCCUCCAGGUGGCAGACUUCAGUGGAAAUCCACUAAUGAGGUUACCCGAAAGCUUUCUGGAGCUCCGAAAUCUAACAUGCCUUUCCAUCAAUGAUAUUUCAUUGCAGGUUCUUCCAGAGAACAUUGGACACCUUUCCAAUUUAGUUUCACUAGAACUCAGAGAAAAUGUGCUGACAUUCCUACCAGAGUCACUGUCUCAACUUCACAGACUUGAAGAACUCGAUCUAGGCAAUAAUGAACUAUACAGUUUGCCUGAAUCAAUAGGCUGUCUUGUCAGCUUAAAGGACGUGUGGCUUGAUGGAAACCACUUGACGGAGAUACCUGCAGAGAUUGGCCGUAUUAAAAGCCUGCUGUGUCUCGAUGUGUCGGAAAACAAGCUGGAGCGACUUCCAGAGGAGCUGGGAGGCUUGGUGUCACUCACUGACCUGCUCGUGUCUCAGAAUAAUGUUGAAGCUAUUCCAGAAAGCAUUGGAAAACUACAGAAACUUUCUAUUUUGAAAGCCGACCAGAAUAGGCUAACUUAUCUUCCCGAGAGCAUCGGCAACUGUGAAAGUAUUACAGAGCUUGUGCUCACAGAAAAUCAGCUACAGAGUUUGCCUCGGAGCAUUGGGAAGUUGAAGAAAAUGUCCAACUUGAACUGUGACAGAAACCAACUGAUGUCGUUACCUAAGGAGAUCGGAGGCUGCAGUGGUCUGAAUGUGUUCUGUGUGCGAGAUAACAGACUGACAAGGAUACCACCAGAACUGUCACAAGCCACGGAGCUGCAUGUUCUCGAUGUCUCUGGAAAUCGACUCGCUCAUUUGCCCAUGUCACUGAUCACACUACAACUGAAGGCCUUAUGGUUGUCAGAAAACCAGUCGCAGCCACUCCUCACCUUCCAGACGGACGAGGACCCUGACUCAGGCGAGAAGGUUCUCACCUGCGUACUGCUGCCUCAGCAGCCGUGUGAAUCAGAAUAUAAAGGUUCUGAUAAUCUUGCCCGCUUCGGGGCCCUGGAGAGCCUGGUGAAUGGCAUGGCAGAUGACACGUGGGACAAGGGAGAGAUGAACAGGACCAGUACCAUUCAGUUCCUGGAGGACGAUGAGGAUGAAGAUGAUGAGAAGACAACACUACUUCGGCGGGCCACGCCCCACCCUGGUGAGCUGAAAUCUUUGAAGAAAACAGCUGAGAAUGUCCGCAACGACCUGAAUGCUGCCAAAGGACUGGACUCCAACAAAAACGAGGUCAAUAAUGCUGCAGACAGAGUGACCACGUCUGUGUGACCUUUACCUCAGAAAUGUUUUUUGCCUCCUGUUUUUCGCCAUGUUGUCCUGCACAACCCCGCAGCCCACUUUUUCUUUUUGAAUACCCAUGAACCCUGGUGUGGCCUACCCCUCCUGUGAUUUAUACCCUGGGACAUCUGUAACCUUACUCCACCUCUCAUCCUGUGGAAACGAUGAUCAGCCUACAAGGGCUGAUGUGCCUUCCUCUUAAUACACUUUUCACAGCAGUGAUCUGCUUAGAGAUGCUCCUUUUUAAAAUAAUUUUAAAGUUUUAUUUCUUUUUAAAAUUGCUAUUUUUAAAAUCAAACUUUAGGUAGUUGCACUAUAAACCCUCUUAAAUGUGUUAUGUAUAUGUUCUCUACCUUUUUUACAACACUGGGGAAAAUACUUCGUUUUAAAUUUUUGGGCAAAGUAAAGCAGGAGUUUAUGGACCUACUGAUUAAAGAUUAUUGUAAAUCUCUUGUGAAUAUUGAUACUUUUAUACAUUUUGGCAGCUCAGAUGUAAAUAAAAGUGUAUAGCAAGUUUCUUAAUCUGUUGAAGAAUUUUAAACUUAUUUUUUUCCUUUCUCAAACUUGGUACAUCUUUCUUUAUGUUCUUUAAAUCAAAGCAAUGAACUAAACGUCUACAAAUGUCUUAUUGAAUCCACUGUCACGGGGUGAGUGGGUGGCUUUUGAUCCACUCAUACUGCAUCUGUAAAACAUCAAGAGCUGUUUUUGGAUGACGAGUAAAUUUGAUUAGGUUGGCCAAAUCUGGAUUUAAGUUCUGCACAUCUAAUUUAAAUGAUCCAUCUGCAAUGUUUUAUGCAGGAAUAACAGUGUCAUCUUUUUUAUAUGUACUGUCCUUCACUGCUUUGUAUUUUUUGUCCGACAGAUGCCAACACAGCUGUAUUUACUUCCUUUUAGCAAAGAGUACCGUGCAGAUUAAUCAUCAGUUUGGGGGAAGAUUAAGGGUCUUGCUACAAAGAUAAUGCUCUAAAAAUGCAGUUGUUCAUUUAAAAUGCACUUCUCAGUGUUGCUUUAAUUUGAUCCUAUUAUGAGAUACAUGGUAUCUUGAGUUAUCUUGUUUUUAAAACUGAGAAAGUGGACCAGUCAAAUUGGUUCAAUGGUUGGUUUUAUGUUAUUAAUUAUUUUCUGAUCAAACUGCACAAAGCAAAUCUCAAAUUGGCUCCGGGCCUGGAGAUUUGAUGACUUCUUAACCACUGAUCAAUAAAAUGAGUGCAACACUAAACGA